GUGGGAGGAGAUGGGAAGGCAGUGCCGGGCCGGGGACCAGAAAGAGGCUGACGGCUUGGCCAGGUUGCCGCGGAAAGUUAGAAGACACCCCAGGGCACAGGAGAGGAGGACCAGGGUGACUGAGGUGAAGCCAUGUGGAGGCCGCUGAUCCUGCUGGCCCUGUGGCUGGGCACAGUGGGCGUGGGCAGGGCUGAGCUCACAGCCAUCCAGCACCAGGGCCUGCAGCUGGCCCUGGAGGAAUUCCACAAGCACCCGCGUGUGCAGUGGGCCUUCCAGAAGACCAGUAUGGACAGUGCCACAGAAACGUCCUUUCCGGCGGGGACAUUUGUGAGGCUGGAAUUCAAGCUCCAGCAGACAAGCUGUGGGAAGAAGGACUGGAGAAAAGCUGAGUGCAAAGUCAAGUCCAACGGGAGGAAGCGGAAAUGCCUGGUCUGCAUCAAGUUGGACCGGGAGUCUAAAGUCCUGGGCCGGAUGGUCCACUGCCCCAUAGAGGCGCAGGCUGAACGGGAGCCCGUGGAGCACCAGGAGGCCAAGUGCAGCAAGGUGGAGAGCAGUGGUGAGGACCCCCAAAGCUACUACUUCCCAGGGCAAUUCGCCUUCCUGAAGGCUGAUGGCUGACCGGCAGGUGGCCAGAAUGUCAUCUGGCUUUCUGGACAGCUGUGGGAGUGAGCCAGUGAAGCAACCCUCGCUGUGCCCUGGAGGAUGACCCCGUUCUCCCCACGCGAAUAAAACUGCUCUCAGAGCUGUGUUCUGUCCUC